AUGGCACACCUCUAUACCCAAUGUUUCGUCAUCCUAUACGGUCUGGUCCAGGAUAUUCUUGUCUACGUCUUUGCUACCAAUGCUCCUCCGCCGUCGAGCCGCAAUAAACGCCUACGCCGUCCACGGAUUGCUAUAGUUGGCUCCGGACUGACUGGCGUUUCAGCCGCAGCUCAUUGUGUUGGCCAUGGGUUCGAUGUGAAGAUAUUCGAAGCCCGGUCCAAGGAUAAAGGAUUGGGCGGCAUCUGGAGUAGAGUCAACUCCACUUCUUCGCUACAAAUCCACAGCAUCAUGUUCAGAUUCCACCCAUCCAUCAAGUGGAAGGACGGCUACCCAAAACAACAACAAAUUAAGGACCAAAUCGUCAACCUCUGGGAAAGUUACCAUUUAGACGACAAGACUGUUUUCGACUCACCAGUUAAAUCCGCCCAAAAGAAUGAUCAAGGGAAAUGGGUUAUCAACGGAGAUGAAGACAGCCAUGGUACCUUUGACGGCAUCGUCGCGGCAGUGGGGAGCUGUGGUGACCCCAAACUGCCCACGCUUCCGCACCAGGAGAGCUUCAAUGGACAGGUAUUCCAUUCUUCCGAGCUUGACGGAAUAGAUGCCAAGGACAAACGUGUUAUUGUUGUUGGAGGAGGAGCUAGUGCCGUUGAAGCACUGGAGUUUGCUGUUAAAGCAGGUGCUGCGAAUAUAGACGUCCUCUCGCGAUCGGACAAGUGGAUCAUACCACGAAAUGCCUUUGUGGAUAUCCUCUUAGCUUGCAACAUCCUGGGACAGGAAACCAUCCUUUCCUUCAUCCCGGAGACUCUUUUGCGCAAAUUCUUCUACCGUGACCUGGAGGAUAUCGCUCCUUCAGACAAGGGACUAUUCACUGAUACGCCGAUGGUUAACUCGGAUCUUUUCGACCUAAUUCGUGCCGGCAAGGCCCGCUGGCUACGGGGGGAUAUUCUCUCCGUGGCUCAAGAGGGCAUUAAUUUCAACCAUCGAGCGAAAGGGGUUCCCAAAUCUGGACCGGGCCAUGAAAUAUUUGUCAAGGGAGAUAUUAUCAUCAUGGCGACAGGCUUUGUCCGACCGUCGCUCUCUUUCCUCCCCCAAGAGGCUUUCGAACCCCCCUAUGACCCGCCAAAUUGGUAUCUCCAGGUCUUCCCACCGGCAUACCCGAGUAUUUGCACGAACAACAGCACCUUUGUAAACGCCAUUGCCACAGCAGGGAAUUACCAUAUCGGAAUCUACACCCGCCUUCUACUCAUGUUUUUGAUUGAUCCAUUGAGCCGCCCACGAGAGUACUGGAUGAAAAGAUGGAUCGACAUGACGAGAGUUAUGAAGAGGUUCGCCCCAACUGGGGCCUUUGAUUUCUUUACUUACGCUGAAUUAUUGUACUGGUUUGUGUUUGUUGUGGCGUUUAAUCCCUUCCGUUGGAAAUGGGCUGCCUUUGUGUUUUUCGGGCUUGGACCAGAGUUCCCUAUGGCUGUCGUGGAUAAGGAGGAUGAUGCCAGAGAACUUCUGGGGGUCGAUUCGCAACCUACUGACGCACACUGA